GCCACGCCCACGCCCGGAACACGCCGUCACCCACGGCGGCCGGGACCCCCCACGCCCCCCGGGAUCCGGCACCGCCCGCGGUCCCGCCCGGCUCCGGCCCCGCAGCCCCCCGAGGCCCCGCCUGGCCCGGCUCCAGGCCGCCCGCCCGUCCGCGCCGCUCCCCGCGGAGCGGGUCCAUGGCGGCCUUGGGCACCGCGCUGCUCCUCGGCCUGCUCCUGCCCGCCCUGCCGGGGCUGGGGCGGGGGCUGGAGCGGCGGCGGCCGCCCCCCCCUCCCCGCAGCCCGCUGGAGAAGGUGGCAGCUCAGGAGGAGCUCAGCCUCCCCCAGCUCACAGGGAGGUGGUUCCUGGUCGGCAUGGCCUCCCGCUGCGGCUACCUGGUAGAGCACAGCCACCGGCUGGAGGCCACGGCGAUGACGGUGACCGUCCUGGAUGGGCAGAGCCUGGCCAUCAGCACCUUCAGGAAGCUGGAUGGGACGUGCUGGGAAAUCAGACAGCGCUACCUCCCUGCCCAGGCCCACGGACGCUUCCUCCUGAAGGGCCAUGGCUAUGGCAGCAAGGUGGACAUGGUGGUGGGCGAGACAGACUACAGCAGCUACACCAUCCUCUAUUACCAGAAGGGACGCAACAUCUCUGUCAAGCUCUAUGGACGGACCAGCCAGGUCAGCGAUGACAUUGUGGACAAGUUUGAGCAGCGUGUCAGGGCUGUUGGUCUGAGCGAAGAUGUGACCUACUACUUCCCCACAUACGGGUUUUGUGACUCCGUGGAUGAGUUUCACGUCCUUGACGAAACAAAGCUGUAGGUGCAGAUGAUGUUGCCAGAAUGGUCCUCAGAGCUCAGUCCUUACCUCAUCCAUCCACCCAUGGCCACACAGGACUGAGUCAGGAUUUGGCCAGACCCCACUGCUGCUCCAGAGCCCUGGAACCAGUCCCUGGGCACCCCGGCUCCUCCAGCUGCACCGGCAGCUGUGCCUCUCCUUGUCCUGUCCCCCCACAGCUAUGUGUCACCCCUCUGCUCUGCUCCCUGGUGCCUUGCAGCAGCCAGCAACACCCUAAUAAAUGCCUCGGAGAAGG